GUUGUAGCACCAGGAGGAGCAUCGUCAUCGUCGUCAUCAUCUAGCAGUCGUAUCGCAGACGACCUCUCAGGCCGGUUUCUUUACGCCAAUGGAAACCGUUGCUUUGUCGAUUAUCCUUAUCGGUUACAGGCGCGGUUUGCGAACGAGGCAGAAAUUAUAGAAAGAUCAGGUUUACAUUUACAACAUGGAGACUUGAAUAAAGCACAGGAACCUUACCUACUCUGGGAGUUAUUCCGCGACACUGUUGUGGUCACCGGGAGUAGUAAAGCAGUUUCAAGCACGAGCAAUCCGAGUGCAGCAGCUGCGUCAAGCACGAGUUCUAGUUCUAGUGGGCAAGCUGCUUCAUCAAGUAGCUCUGCACCAAAUCCAAGACGUGAUGUUCCUGCGUGGUAUCGACCUAACGUAAAAACAAGUGAGCGCUUAGUUCUGCGAAGUCCUUUGGUGAAGGAAAGUGAGGCUUUCAUAUACCGGGAUGGCAGGAAAGUGUACCUUCCAAAUUCUGAAGGUGCUGCUGUGGCAUGUUAUGAUUUAGUCUUUUUAGUCCUAAGCGUGUAGCGCAAUGGGUUAGUUGUACAACGAAGUAGGAUAAUGAAAUCCAGAGCCAAACUUAUCCAAAGCAUAAACUUUGAAUCCCACUAAGAAUCAGCAUGUUAGACGAGAAGAUUAACAAGACUACUGAGUGGCUUUUCUCAGAGAACAUUCGUCAGAAAACUGGCGUUAUGUUGAAUAAAUGCCAAUAUAGACUAGCAGUUGCAUCUAGUUCUUAGCACGGCGCUAAUCCUAGCAAGUCUUCGAAGAAGACGCCGAUGAAAAAG